CAUAACGUAGCUACAGAAAUCUGUCAGGGAGGGGGCUGAAGAACAAAACAAUGACACUGGUCGGAGGGAAUAAAACACAGUAGCACUUUUUAAGACUUUUAAAACACAGUCGUGCGAAUUUGCCUCCCAGUUUAGCAUCAAAGAGUCAGCGGACAUACGAGUUUGUGGCAUCACCCAGCUGUUGUUUUUGUUGAUAUGUUAUUACAGUUCAGUUGGCAGACUGGAGGCUAACUCAUAGCUGGACGACUAUUAAGUGCUAGGACUCACUGGCUCGCUAGUUGCCAGUUUUCUUUGGAAAAAGUUCACAGUGUCCAUCGACCCUUGCUAGCUGUAAGCUAAGUAUACCUCCUUGUAUCCCAAAUCAUAAACCGAAUUUCCCUGCGAGCGUUUGAGGGUCAGUUUGCUAGCUAGCUUGUUGUUAGCAUAAUUAUUUGCACAUUAAUUUCUUGAAGGUAUAACUCAUUGUCUCGGUUUGUAUUUUCUGCUUGUUCAUAUUUUCCAUAAUUUACACGUUUUUUCCACACAUUUUGGGUUUAUUUUUUAUCAAAUACUGUACGUAAAUGCCAACUUUCCUACAAUAAUUAACAAGCUAACUGCUAGUGUUAAACAGAUACCGGGUCAAAUUCAAGCAUCCGCUUUGUUUGUACUUUAAUGCCUCACUAUUAAUUGUACUAAAUGAGAUAAUAUAAGUGUUUCAAUAUCAAGCUGUAAGAAGACGUUUGGUAUUUUUUUUACUUGAGAGUUUUUAUAGGCAGCGCCACCAAACCUGUUACCAUGCAGCUGCCUUAAGUUAUUUUGAUAGUAUUUGAUCUUUUCAUUGCAAUAUUACUGCACGUAACGUUUUUAAUUUUCCUUUCAUCUUAAUUAGCUGGUGCUAUUGUCGAAGCUGGUCCAAUAACCACAAUCUCAGCUUGUUAGAAACAAUGAGUGGGCAUGGCUCGUCAUCUGAAAAGGGAGUCAACACUAGUUUAAUAUGUCAAGAGAGUUAUUCCUGUGGUGGCUCUGAGGAGGCUGCAUUUGAGUGUGAUGACUGCAAAAGCCUGCAAUGUGUCCGUUGUGAGCUCGAGCUCCACAGUCAAGAGCUUCUUAAGAAUCAUGAGCGCGUCCAGAUAGGCCCUGGGCAUGUCCCCUACUGUGACAACUGUAAAGGAGGUAAUGGAGAUGGUGGGAAGCGUCACAGAUCUGUAGUCCGCUGCCAAAACUGCAAAAUAAACUUGUGCCAAGACUGUCAGAAACGCACACACAGUGGGAGCAGCAAGAAGAAGCAUCAGCUCACACCAUAUUCUCCACCCAAACCUGCAGAGACCAACUCUGUUCAGACAUCUGUCCAGCCUGCUGUUCAAAUAGAUGAUGAGACUAAAUCUCAGAGAUCAAAACUUCUUGGGAAGGUGUGCAGCUUUCUCCUGGUUGAUGAGAAUGAGGAAAUGCAGAUUAAAGAUGAAGCAUCAUUUGUGAACAACCUCAGCUGCAAUUCUGAUCAGCUGCUGAAAGUGGUGUCCAUCUUUGGUAACACAGGAGAAGGCAAAUCUCACACCCUAAACCACACAUUCUUUAUGGGCAGAGAAGUGUUCAAAACUUCUCCCACGCAGGAGUCAUGUACCGUGGGUGUGUGGGUGGCAUUUGACCCCAUCCAUAAGGUGGUGGUCAUUGAUACAGAGGGGCUACUUGGGAACAAUUCUAAGCAGGGCCAGAGAACCCGUCUUUUACUCAAGGUGCUGGCUAUCUCCGACCUCAUCAUUUAUCGCACCCAUGCUGACCGUCUCCACGAUGACCUUUUCAAGUUCCUCUGUGAUGCCUCAGAUGCUUACUUGAAGCAUUUCACCAAGGAGCUUAAAGCCACGACAGCCCGCUGUGGCCUGGAUGUCCCACUGUCUACCUUGGGCCCUGCAGUAGUAAUCUUCCAUGAAACCGUCCAUACUAAGCUGCUUGGGUCAGAAAAGUCAUCCGAGUCAGUCGAUCGGCUGCUUUUGGAGCGCUUUAGGAAGCUUUCCCGUUACCCAGAAGCGUUCAGCUCUGUCCAAUACUGGGGUACACAGACUCUCAACCCCCCUACUGACUUUCGUGGCUUGCAGAAUAAACUUGAGCAGCUCCUGGAUAACAAUGCCACCCGGUCCCCACGGACCCCUGUGGUCAUCUUCAAAGCCCUGCAGGCACUGAGUGAGCGCUUCAAUGGAGAAAUCACAGGUGAACUGGUGCACGGCUGCUUCUUUCCUGAUGAGUACUUCACUUGCUCCAGCUUGUGUCUCAGUUGUGGAUCUGGCUGCAAGAAUAGCAUGAACCACUUAGGAGAAGGUGUGUGCCAUGAGGCGAAGAAUCGCUGUCGUUACUCUGCUCAGCAUGAUAAUCGCAUUUACACCUGUAAGGGUUGCUAUGAAGGGGGAAAGGAAGUUAUAGUUGUUCCCAAGACCUCUGCCUCUUCAGACUCUCCAUGGAUGGGUCUCGCCAAAUAUGCCUGGUCUGGGUAUGUUAUCGAAUGCCCCAACUGUGGAGUGAUCUAUCGGAGUCGUCAGUAUUGGUACGGUAACCAGGAUCCUGUUGAUACAGUUGUUCGCACUGAGAUUCAACAUGUUUGGCCAGGGUCUGAGGGCUUUUUAAGGGACAAUAGUAAUGCUGCUCAGCGUCUUCUGGAUGGAGUCAACCUAGUGGCCCAAUCUGUGUCAGAGCUCAGUGUCAAACCUGCCAAGGCCGUCACCUCUUGGCUGACAGAUCAGAUCGCCCCAGCCUACUGGAAACCCAACUCCCUCGUCUUAGUGUGCCACAAGUGUCACGUAGUCUUCCAGGAUAAUGACACCAAGCAUCACUGUCGUGCCUGUGGGGAGGGCUUCUGUGAUGGAUGCUCCUCUAAAGCUGCACCCGUCCCUGAGAGAGGCUGGGGUCUUGCCCCUGUCAGAGUCUGUGAUAUCUGCUACGAGCAGAGAGCCUCUUAUGCAGAGCUACUUGAGGCACAGCUGGAGGAAGAAGAUGGGGGAACUCUUGCCAGGAAGGUUGGAGAAGCUGUCACCAACACCAUAGGCGUAGUGGUCACCGCUAUUGACAUCCCACUUGGCCUAGUGAAAGACGCUGCCCGUCCUGCAUACUGGGUGCCUGACCAGGACAUCCUGUCAUGCCACAACUGCCAACGCGAGUUCACUGCCAAGCUGUCCAAGCACCACUGCCGCGCUUGUGGCCAAGGAGUGUGUGACGAAUGCUCCCCGGAGCGUCGAGCGGUCCCAUCGCGCGGCUGGGACCACCCUGUGCGUGUGUGCAGCGGCUGCAACCAGAAACCUGGAGAACUUUAACGUGGGGUCUUUCCUUUCUCAGAGCACCAGAGAGAACCAUUCACUCAGCUUGCAGCCUUGCUGAAGUAUACCUCCUUUACUCUAAAGGUUCUGUCUCGUAUCUGUGGAAAGGACAUCUCUAAGAAUGUGUAGAAUAUUUAUUAAAUUUGGGAUUUCUGAGUUUCUGUGGCCUUUAUAGAGGAGAACAUUGAGUUACUUGACUGAGUGUGAAACCUGUAUUUCCACUCUUGUUAUUUACAGACUCAAUAUUUUGAUUCUCAUUGACAAAUAUCCCUAAUUUUCCGUUAGAUAAAGCCAUUGAGCUAUUUUUCUAUGUUUUAAAACUAUUUAAAAACAUGCAUUAUUUAAAGAUUGAUAGUAAGUUGACAAUGCUGGUAGGUUGGCGUGAUUAGUCUCCAGAACUUCUUAUUAUUAAGCAUUAUUCCUCUGAUGACAUACAUGUAAUGGCAGAAAGAUAUUUUAUAUUUGUGGGGCAUAACUGCAGGUUCCAUUGCAUGCAUGUAUUACAGUGUUUUUAGUUUUGCACUAAGCCUUUUUCAGCUGUUAUAGGCUGUUGCUUACUAUGGCCAAAAGCCAGGUAUCCAGGUGAUAAGGUAACUUAUUCUAAACUGAUUUAAAGUCUUCAGCAGAAGGUCCAGACUGGCGAUAUCUGGUAUACCAAAAAUAAUUCAGGUCACUGUGUCUGUACUGGUAUCAUGAUAGGAUUUUAUCAUGUAAUUUAUGGUUGUAUGAGGAUAGAAAGAAGUGCACAUCUGAACUAUUUAUGUAUUGAUGAUUAAAAAAAUCUUAGUAGAAGUCUGGCAUGCAUGACAGUCUGAGAGAUCCAUGGUUUUUUAAUUUGUUCAGAGGAUGAUCUCUAAAUAAACCUCACUCUUACCAGGUGGCAUUUAAGUGUAUAUAUGUUAUAGAUUUAGGUAUUUCUUUCAUUUUUUUGUUUAAAAUGUCAUCUAAAUAUUUACAACCUGUUCUGGUGUAUGGAUAUACUUUGAGAAGUAAAGAAUUAUUACAUUUCAGCAUCUGACAAAAGAACAAAAAGAACUCCGAACAAACUCAAUCUUCAUUCACCGCUAUUCACGUUGCUUCACAUGCAUUACUAAUGUUGUAUAAUUUCUUUUGCUGGUUUUGGUUUGAUGUUAGUGACUGUAUGGAUAUCUAUAUUCUUUGUAGUGUCAGUAUGUGAACUACACUUUCUUUUCUAUCUUGACUGUGUUUCUGUCUCAGCAUUACACAUUAAUACUAAUGUUCAAAUGGUGCAAUGAUACAACGCUAAACCACAGAACUAUAACCUUUCUUGCAUAACUAUAAGUUUUGUGUUAAUAAGAUGACCAUUACAUGUAGAUGGCAUACAAAGCACAAUGUUGAUGCCUUUUAGACUUACGCUUGUAUUUUAUUCAUAAAAACAAGAAAAAAUGGUAUUUGUUGUUUGUAGACUUUGUAGAUAAAGUUAAUUCUCUCUGUUUUAACGUGGAACUUUUUGGUUCUGAUGUGUGAUGAGAAAUGUUUCUGCCUGGUCUUAUAAUAGAUGAAUCUGUCUGAAUGUUGUUUCAUCAAUCUCCCUCCCUCUGAUAUGCUAAUAUUGCACAGGAUUGAAUAGAAGUACUCAUUUUGCCGUUUUUUCAGACCACCGUUGUAGUGUUAGGCAGAUAUAUUUGUCCACUUUUUUGUUUUUCAACCAGCUUAUGUGCUAUUAUGAAUACUUCAUCUACAAAUCAAGAAGGAAUGACUGAUGUGCUCUAAACUGCUGGAAUCUAACUUGAAGAAAUUAUUUGUUAAACUAGUUGGAGAUUUGCUUAAGAUUAAAGCUGUAUCAGCACCUGUCUGUCAAAACUUAAUCUGGAACUGCCUCCAUGUUUUAAUGUGUGUGUGUGUGUGUGUGUGUGUUUUAAAUCUCCAGCAUCGUAUGUGGGAGGAAUAGAUUGUGUGCACGCCCAUGUGUUGUGAGGCUUGCUUCCAUUCUUCUCCAACACUGAAUCUUCAUGAAAAGUUUGUGGAAAAUAUUUGUGUGGUGCUCAUUGAUGAUGAUAAAUGAUUUAUAAAUAUUUUAAUAAAUAAUUAAA